UUUUUUUGUCGUCCCUCGCCUCUUCUCUUCUCUCCCCUCGGGCUUCCUCACCCCCAACCCCCCCUCUCUCUUUACGCGGCAGCGACACCCGCCCCGGCCUCGCCCCAAGCCGUGACAAAGUGGUGCUCGAUGGAAUGGCGAACAAGGGGGGCUGGCCGAGUUGAUUCCAUUCAUUGCUGAGUUGAUCCGCCCUGUUUGAAAGAAUAUCUGCCAGUGGUGCCGUGGACUGGCUGUGCAACCAUGGAGCUCAACGAAGCCAACUUGCAGACACUCACGGAGUUCCUGCACAAGACCCUAUCUCCUGACCCUGCCGUACGCAGGCCUGCGGAGAAGUUUCUGGAGAGUGUCGAGGGGAACCAGAACUAUCCGCUGCUACUUCUAACGUUGCUGGAGAAGUCACAAGACAGCGUGAUCCGAGUGUGCGCCGCCGUCACCUUCAAGAACUACGUCAAGCGCAACUGGAGGAUUGUGGAGGAUGAGCCCAACCGCAUCAGCGAGAGCGACCGCACGGCCAUCAAAGCCAACAUCGUCAAUCUCAUGCUCAGCAGCCCCGAGCAGAUGCAGAAGCAGCUGAGCGAUGCCAUCAGCAUCAUCGGACGUGAGGACUUCCCGCAGAAGUGGCCCGAGCUGCUAUCGGAGAUGGUGGCGCGCUUCCACAGCGGCGAUUUUCACGUCAUCAACGGGGUCCUGCGCACCGCACAUUCUCUCUUCAAGAGGUAUCGACAUGAAUUCAAGUCCAACGAGCUGUGGUCCGAGAUCAAGCUCGUGCUCGACACCUUUGCGGCGCCGCUCACGGAGUUGUUCAAGGCCACCAUAGAGCUAUGCAAGACGCACGCUGCCGAUGUGCACGCACUGCGUGUGCUCUUCAGCUCACUCAUCCUCAUCGCCAAGCUCUUCUACAGCCUCAACUUCCAGGAUUUCCCAGAGUUCUUUGAAGACAACAUGGCCACGUGGAUGACGAACUUCCACAGCCUUCUCACAAUUGACAACAAGCUUCUGCAAACCGACGACGAUGAUGAGGCCGGUCUCCUGGAGCUGCUCAAGUCGCAAAUCUGUGACAACGUGGCACUGUACGCGCAGAAGUACGAUGAGGAGUUUCAGCCGUACUUGCCGCAGUUUGUCACCGCCAUCUGGAACCUGCUCAUCACCACGGGCCCCGGCGUCAAAUACGACCUGCUGGUGAGUAAUGCCAUCCAGUUCCUGGCGUCGGUGUGCGAGCGGCCGCACUACAAGCACCUGUUUGAGGAUCAGGCCACCCUUACCAGCAUCUGUGAGAAGGUCAUCGUGCCCAACAUGGAGUUCAGAGCUGCAGACGAAGAGGCUUUCGAGGACAACCCUGAGGAGUACAUCCGGCGGGACAUCGAGGGCUCUGACGUGGACACGCGGCGCCGCGCGGCCUGCGACCUGGUGCGGGGGCUUUGCCGCUUCUUCGAAGGGCCCGUCACCGAGAUCUUCUCGGUGUACGUGCACUCGAUGCUGUCGCAGUACGCCAAGGACCCGGCCGCCCACUGGAAGCACAAAGACGCCGCCAUCUACCUCGUCACCUCGCUUGCCUCCAAGGCGCAGACGCAGAAGCUUGGAAUUACCCAGGCCAAUCAACUCGUCAAUCUGACAGAUUUCUUCGUCAGCCACAUACAGACAGAUCUGCAGUCUCCCAACGUAAACCAGUUCCCUGUGUUGAAAGCGGAUGCCAUCAAAUACGUCAUGAUCUUCCGAAGCCAGCUGCCCAAGGAGCAUUUGCUGAACGUGCUGCCUCUGCUGGUGAACCACCUGCAGUCUGAGAGCACGGUGGUGCACACUUACGCUGCGCACUCGCUCGAGAGGAUCUUCACGCUGCGCGGGCCUGGCAACGCGCUCCUCUUGACCGCAGCAGAGGUGUCACCGGUGAUUGAGCCACUCCUGACGAAUCUCCUGAAGGCCAUGACCAUGCCCUCGUCUACGGAGAACGAGUACCUCAUGAAGGCCCUGAUGAGGAGUUUCUCACUGCUGCAAGAGGCUGUCAUCCCCUACGUCCCAACGUUAACCAUGCAGCUCGCUCAGAAGCUGCAUGCUGUCAGCAAGAACCCCAGCAAGCCGCAUUUCAACCACUACCUGUUUGAGGCGCUGUGCUUGUGCGUGCGCAUCACGUGCCGCGCCACGCCCGCGGCCGUGUCCGGCUUCGAGGACGCGCUCUUCCCCGUCUUCACGGACAUCCUGCAGAACGACGUGCAGGAGUUCAUUCCAUACGUGUUCCAGGUGAUGUCGCUGCUGUUGGAGAUGCGUGGGGCCGAGGUACCCCCAAGCUACAUGGAGCUGUUCCCGCACCUGCUGCAGCCGACGCUGUGGGAGCGCGUGGGCAACGUGCCGCCACUCGUCCGGCUCCUGCAAGCGCUGUUAGAGAAGGCGUCGGUCACCAUCGCCUCCAGCAAUGCCGACAAGAUUCCAGGGCUACUGGGAGUGUUUCAGAAGUUGAUCGCGUCAAAGAACAAUGACCACCAAGGCUUCUAUCUCCUCAACAGCAUCAUCGAACACAUGCCAUCGGAGGUGAUUAACCAGUUCAAAAAGCAGAUCUUCAUCCUGCUCUUCCAGCGGUUGCAGAGCUCAAAGACGACCAAAUACGUGAAGGGUUUCCUGGUCUUCAUCAACCUCUUCUGUAUAAAGUAUGGGCCCAUAGCGCUGCAGGAGCUGGUGGACAGCAUCCAGCCCAAAAUGUUCGGCAUGGUUGUGGAGAAGCUGAUCAUUCCGGAAGUGCAGAAGGUGUCUGGCACCGUAGAGAAGAAGAUUUGUGCGGUCGGCAUCACCAAGCAGCUCACCGAGUGCCCGGCCAUGAUGGACACGGAGUACACGAAGUUGUGGGCCCCAUUGCUGCAAUCCCUCAUCGGGCUCUUCGAGCUUCCAGAAGACGACUCGGUGGCCGACGACGAACACUUUGUGGAGGUGGAGGACACGCCGGGCUACCAGGCCGCCUUCUCGCAGCUCGCCUUCGCCGGCCGCAAGGAGCAUGACCCGCUUGGGGCCUCGGUACCCAACGCCAAGAUCCACCUUGCGCAGAGCCUCGGCAAGCUGAGCACCGCGCGGCCCGGUCGGGUCUCUUCCAUGAUCAGCACGGACGUGAACGUCGACGCGGCGCGCUACCUGCAGGGAUACCUGCAAGCGGCCAACGUGACGCUUGUGUGAGCACGUUGCUCAAGAGCCUUUUUCGCCCCUCCCCCCUCUCCUUACUCAACCGGCCGGCGUGCUUUAUGCGCACGCAACCGUAGUAACACGCGUAGCCCAUGACCGCGAAACCGCAUGCGCACCGCAUGCACGCGUGUGUUGCAGCGCACUUUCACCCACGUCACACACACCAGUUACCAACCUGCACACACCUUGUUCCCGUACGAUACCACACGCAUCCAUAGGAACGUGCAAACACAGCCCACACUCGCGACGCUGCACUUACACGCGUUUUUCCCACCUCUUAAUUUAUGUCCUGUGAGUCUACAGUGCAUCCAAACUGACAGUAACUUUGCUCGUCUUUCUAUUAGGCAGUGCCGCUUUGUGUGAUGUACCUGUAAUCAUAGGCCAGGAUACCUUGUUGAUACUGUAUGUGAGAUGACGUGCUUGGUUUUUUCAAUGCUUCUUGAAAUUAUUUUGAAGUAAACGUGUCCAUGGUAUGUCACCGCGUGUGACUGCAUAUUGUCAGCCUCCCUUUAAGACCAUGGAAAUAAUUUGUGAGAUCUCGAUUCUCUCGCGUUUUACGCACCGUGUGCUGGUUAUCUUAUUGGAAGAUCCUCACUCGUCGAGGGUCAGUGACUCCGCUCGAUCGCAAACAUCUUUGUAGGGAAGUUGAACGUACAUACACAAGCGUAUUCUCCAUCUUUUUCGUCAUUUACGUUGUUUUACAUGUCCGUAUAUUUGUUUUGUCUGGAGUUGUCUGUGCACCCUGUAACCCUACGUAAUUGAGUCAGCUGUAGCUCCAUCAUGGGGCUAUUUUGUAAAGCUUAUGUGCAAACUUUAUGGCGGCUGAGUAGGUCCACCGUGCAGCUGCUAAGAAUUCAAGCUGGUGUGCAUACUUUAGAGCAAUAUUUAUCGGACCUCUCCUCCCAACGUUCAAACUAUGCGUUUAGUUGUCCUUCCCCUGCACCUCGAUUUAGCACUGUUGGCUACGUACAGUGCGAAAGAAGUUCAUACAACAACCAAUGUGUUAACUGUCAGCAGGUGUCAGAUGUUGCAAGAAAUACCCAGUGUACGCUUGAUGUUUGUCCAAAGGCUGACACGACAAGUCGGAACGAGGUCCCGAUGUAAUCGUAGGGUGAAGUUUAGAACCACGGCUGCAGAAGCUAGGGCUCCUUAGCUUCGUACCCUAUAUCCGCCUGCUUUUCAGAGGCCUUCGCAGUGACCGUGGCUUCAUUGGGUUUAACUGAGCUACGCGUUACGUGUCCCACUCUUAGUCAACAAUUAUAUAGUACCCGUUUAGCUUUGACAGUAGCACAAUGUAUCUUGCUUCUUUCAAAUAGCUAUAGUUUCAGUAAACAUGCCAGCAUUUGGGUGAUGCUCUUAAAUUUAAGGGUUGCCUCGAAUUUAGUUGAGAUAGGGACUAAAAACCCACGAGUCUUAAAGUGAGAUUGGUGCACUUGCCCUCACGGGCCAGUGGUUAAAAAUGUCAGUCCUUGAACCCUUGGUCACCAUCCAGAUGUCUCGUGCAAACGAAUGGCCUUGAUCACGAUCUAAACCAUGCAUCGCUGUAAGAAUGCAUUUUCCCUUGAAGCGUGUUCAGAAGGGAAUAUGCCCUGGCCGUCUGAUCACUGUCAUGAUACUAUUCCACUUUUCACAUUUAUCUACUCUGAAAUUUAUGGCAGGUCCAACAUAUGUGUGUGUGUGCUGUUAACGCAGUAUGUACAACCACAGGAUUGACAUUCACUUUUCCCAGGCUCUCCUAUAAAUACUACACUAUAACUUUAUAUUCGAUUUCAUGCAAAAUAGUCUUCGAUUGGUUUGUGACAAUGCAUAUACCAGGGGUGGCUGAACUUUCUGGGCCAACGGAGCCACAAACCGAAAAUCUUCAUACAGCCGAAAGCCACAAGCGCUCAGGCUGGCUCGCUCACAUUCAUUGGCUGCAGAGAUUUGAGUUAAGAAAUCUGUGGGGAGAGCCCCGAGGGGUAGUCAUGUCUGGCUUCACUGUCAGGGGCCGCGCGUGUUCCCCGGCUGCUCCCACUUUUCCCGAUUCUUCUUGCUACAAAUAGAAUAAAUAUUGAGACGAGAAAUAGCUACACAAAUAGCCAAAUAGCUAUGACUCGUCGAGCCGAGCUGCGCCUUAAGCUGGGAUCCGCGUGUGACUCACGAGCUAUGGUUUGGCCACCCCUGACGUUUACAAUACGUUACAUACAGAAUGGCAACCCAGUGGUAAUUACUCCCAUUAUAUACGAGUUGGACCAGUCUUGGUUGAGAUUUGUAGCCAUAUUAAGUCGUCUUCUUGGUUCUUUCGGUAAAGUGACGUAGAAUGGAAAUAAUAAAAUAAUAAAAAUACGACAAUAAUUCUCACGACGUUUCGGCCACAACGCAAGCAGCCGUCCUCAGGUGAAGAAUAGGUCUGU